AAUGAUACUGUGCCUCAUGCCAGGUGCACCAAAAGCUGUCAACCUGGAUACAUGAAGACGAUUCAGGAAGGACAACCACUUUGCUGCUACGCUUGUUCUCCAUGUGCAGAAGGGACAAUCUCCACUCAGGAAGAUGCAGACCAUUGCCAGAAGUGUCCUGAAGAUCAGUAUCCAAACAAGGACCGAGAUCUAUGUGUCCCCAAAGUGAAAACCUUCUUGUCCUAUGAAGAACCUAUGGGGAUCAUCCUAACUUCCUUUGCCUUAUAUUUGUCCGUCACCACAGCUUUUGUGUUAGGCAUCUUCAUUAAAUACAUAGACACUCCAGUAGUCAAAGCCAACAACCGGGACCUCUCCUUCAUUCUCCUGGUUUCCCUCUUGCUUUCUUUUUUAUCCUCUUUUCUGUUCAUUGGUCAGCCUGGGAAGAUGACCUGCCUUCUCCGACAAACAGCCUUCAGCAUUAUUUUCUCAGUUGCUGUCUCUUCUUUGUUGGCAAAAACCAUCACUGUGGUGGUCGCAUUCAUGGCCACCAAACCAGGGGGAAAGACGAGGAGAUGGCUGGGGAAGCAUUUGUCCAUCUUCAUUGUCUUUUGCUGUUCUAGUGUUCAGCUUGGCAUUUGCACCAUCUGCCUGGGGAUCUCUCCACCCUUCCCGGACUCUGACAUGCACUCUCAGCUUGGACAGAUUAUCCUGCAAUGUAAUGAAGGGCCUGCUGCUAUAUUUUAUAGUGCCUUUAGCUACAUGGGGUUCCUGGCUGCCAUCUGUUUCACGGUGGCUUUCCAUGCCAGAAAGCUGCCUGGGGCCUUCAACGAAGCCAAGCUGAUCACCUUCAGCAUGCUGGUCUUUUGCAGUGUCUGGGUGUCCUUUGUGCCCACCUAUCUGAGCACAAAGGGGAAAUACAUGGUACAGCAGUAG